AUGUCGUCAGAUACUGAGAGAGAUGAAGCGAGACCAAGCAACAUGUGGGAUGCAAUCAAGCAUCUUGAAGCGGUUGCUUUCGUGCCUUCCCGCCAGCGCUAUACAGAUGCUGGGAAAUUGGCUAAACAGAUAGCUGAAAACGCGUACGAGAGCGGAGUUUCUCAGGCUGCGCUUGAGCGCCUGCUGAACAUCCUUACAAAGACCAACCAUCUGGACCAGGGAACAAUCACCACCCUUGUUAAAAACCUGUAUCCAUUGGAUAGGGUGCCGUCUAAAUUUGUCACUCAAGUUGUCUGCUGCCUCGGUCCGACCAAGAAUAAGCCUAGUCCUGCCACGCAGGUUUUGCUCUUGCGAUGGCUGAUACUUGUGUAUGACAACAUGGAAGAUAGAUCUCACCUGUCGAAACUCUAUGCAGCGCUUUUCAAUUAUCUUGAUAUGAUUAGUCUGCGCAAAUAUUUAUGCCACCUUCUGUCUUUCACCACGAGACGCAAGCAUGUCAAGCCUUUCAGGAUCCAAGCGCUAAUGGAAUUUAUUGCCACUUCAGGUGGUGAUGAUAGAGAGCUUGUUACCUUACUUAGAGUGUUUAAGAACUACUGCCCCGAUGUCAUAAUGGGAGAUGCGGGUAGAAAGGGCCUGUUCUUCAAGCACCCGGAUCCUGAAUGGACUACCCAUGUACGCCAACUUCAGGAGACGAAUUUGGAGAGGCUUCAAACGACCCAGUCUUCGAGUUUUCAGGUUGUCCAUCGUGGACCUGUGAAGAGAAGUAAGAUGGAAGUUAUUGUGCCUGAUGUGCAGACAUCAAGGGUUGCAUACAAUCGCACGUCCUUGGAGGAACUUCGCGGCGUUGAUCACUUCAUCGAAAGGCUUGAAAAAAUCGAGCUCCCCAACCAGAUAAUAUCUACCAUUGGAGACCGUUUGGCUCAGAAAUAUCUCUUUCUAGCUCAGCCGGAAGUUGCAAACCGUCGCUUGGAUGACUGGCUGCGAAGCUUCCUAAGUGACCAGCUAGAAUACGCUCGAGAUUUUGAUGAUGAGGGAGUAGAAACUCUAGGUUAUGUGCUUACUCUGGCGGUUAGUUACGUGCGUUAUAUUAAGGACAUCCCGGAGGCAUUCAUUUCUUUCUUAAGGUCAUAUCUACCGUUGUGGAAUGGCAGCGAUAAUAGAGAGCAGAUCCUUGAGCUGCUCGAAUAUCUCUCUCUUGAUAACUUUGACUCUGUCCGUAAUGACUUCUUACUCCCUCUAGAGGCUGCGUUGCUGGGCGACUCGGUCUCUUCUAAAGCAAUCUUGCUCGACUUUUACACUGCUUUGAUUCGCCAAUGGGGCGUAACAUUGAGGACCCGGCCGUUCGAUCCUAAAAACUCACAGCCUCUCGGUCGUCUUAUCCCGCAUGUUGAGAUUCUGGCCUUGUCAAUCCUCGAAAGCCCCACGCACCAACCUUUAGAGUCUGAUGAUCUCAAACACAAUACAUCGACUAUUGUGGAAUUCUACUCCACUUUAGCAGACUUGUUCUCCUAUGCAUCUACAAAUGGGAAUAUCCGACUUACUAUACCUCUCGCUCCCACAGUUUAUGGCCUGGUGUUCACCCCCGUGAAUUCCAUCAUUUCGAUUAUGAGCUUUGUGCUUGCUAGCUAUAAAUCGUCAUUUGAAGCAUCCCUGACCUCAGACGUCCUCCAAAGUCUGAAUUCCACGGAUAACCUCUACCCUACCCAGCUGGUAGGACAAUUCAAUGGAUACAUUAUGGACAUUUGUAACCUCUUAUGGCGAAACCGAGCCCUCAACAGCGAUGAUCAGAACGCUCUUGGUUGCUUAAUACCCCCGCCCACCAUAAAUACACUCACUCAGUUUAUCCGCCACACGAAUGAAAAUUCCCGGAAACGAAAUUCUGAUGCUGCUUUCUCAUACCCUAUCACUUCAGCGUUCUCUUUGAGUCACCAUCCCGCACUGUGCAAUAUGUCUGCUUCUUGCUUUGCAGAUAUUGAGAGGGAAAAUAAUAUCAGAGAAACCCAGCCAAGGCUAAGCAAACCCGUGACCCAGAAAGCUCUCAAUGCCCUCGAGAGCAAAGGAGGUAUCAAAAUGACCUGGAAGGAUUACAGAGUACAGAUGCUCGAUUGGCUGGAUGCGACGGGAAGCAAUGGAAUUGGAAUUUUAAUGCGCAGCGCAAUGAAGGCGCUUCGUAAAGAAUAG